AGAGGUUUUAUCGAGGAUAUUGCUAACCAUCAGGGACCAAGUCACUGGAUCGUAAAAAAAAAAAAAAAAAUGAGCCGAAUCACUCUGCUCCCUUGCCUUUUUUUCUCUCUCACUCUGUUCAUUUCAGUGAGCGGCACGGAGAACAGCAGCUCUUGAGCACCCAGCAGCACACAGAAUGCAAGGAAUCUACCCCCUUGUUACAGACCAACAGCCGAAGUACCAGGGCUGAGAGAAGAUCUGAGAGGAAACAAAGGGUGGAAUUAGAAACCAAACAAGGAGAAGAAAGACAAGGAGGAUCAUUGGUUGAGCAUUUGGCACUGGGGUUUAAAGUUGUCUUGUUGCCCUCUCUGAGUGUCCUGGAUCAUAUAGUCCUCUCCUCUCCAUCCCUGUGCAGACAAGGUCAUGGGGUGGCUGAGGAGACUGGUGCUCUCCAUGUGCAUGCUUCUCAUUUUGCUUCAUGGCGUGGAGCCGGCUGUACCCCUGCAGGAGUUCUACCCAUUUAGUCUGGAUGAGGGUGACUCCCAGACCAUCGAGCAAGAUGAUGGGGGUUCAGGACUGGUAGCAAUCUCUGUGGCUUUCCCUUUCUUCGGAGAACGGCACACGGGACUCUAUGUCAACAACAAUGGCCUGGUGUCUUUCCUGAGGGAGGUGUCCCAGUUCACCCCAGUGGCUUUCCCUAUUGCUGGAGACCGCAGGGUGGUGGCUCCAUUCUGGGCAGAUGUAGACAACCGACGGGCAGGAAAAGUUUUCUAUCGAGAAAGCAAAGAUCCUGCCAUCCUGAGAAGAGCAACUGCAGACAUUAAUCGUUACUUCCCUGAGUUCCCUAUGUUUGUCACUACAUGGGUGCUGAUUGCUACCUGGCAUCAAGUCACAUUUUUUGGUGGCAGCUCAAUAACUCCGGUCAAUACAUUUCAAGUAGUUCUCAUCACAGAUGGUGAGCUCUCUUUCACCAUCUUCCAGUACCACAAUAUUUCUUGGACAACAGGGAUGCAUGCCACCAGUGGUGGUGACCUAGCAGGCUUGGGGGGCAUAGCUGCACAGGCAGGUUUUAAUGCUGGCGAUGGGAGGCGCUAUUUCAACAUACCAGGCUCUCGGACAGAUGAUAUUGUUGAAGUUGAGACCACCACAAAUGUGGGCUAUCCUGGUCGAUGGGUCUUUCGUAUUGAUGAUUCUCAGGUGCAAGUGGGCAGCUGCAAUGACUCAGCGUCGGUCUGUGCUAACUUAAGGCCCUGUCAAAAUGGUGGCCGUUGCAUUGAUGACUGCAUCACUGGAAAUCCCUCUUUCACUUGCUCGUGUUUGGCUGGCUUCACUGGACGCAGGUGCCAGAUAGAAGUUGAUGAGUGCUCAUCAUACCCCUGUCAGAAUGGAGGCACAUGUGUGGACAAGAUCAACCACUUCAUCUGCCUGUGUCCAGUGGGAUUCAUAGGGACAACAUGUGAGACAGACAUAGACGAGUGCCAAGAGACCCCAUGCCUCAAUGGAGCACAGUGCAUGCAGGGUGUCGGCAACUUCACCUGCGUAUGUCAAGCAGGUUACAUUGGGUUCCUGUGCGAGUCAGAUAUCAAUGAAUGUGCAUCCAUGCCAUGUUUGAAUGGAGGUGUGUGUGAAGACCUGGUGAAUAACUACACCUGCACCUGUACAGCAAACUUCACUGGAAGCCACUGUGAGACAGUUCCCUGCGAUGGAGAGAGUUGUGAAAAGCGUCAAAUCUGCGAGUACAUUGGCUCUGGAAACUACAACUGCACCUGCACCCCAGGUUACUACGGUGACGAUUGUGAAGAGGAGUGUCCCUGUCAGAAUGGAGGGGUUUGUGUUGAUGUGAAUGGCACCUGUGAAUGUCCAACAGGCUUCACUGGACUCUACUGUCAGUUUGAAGUAACACAAACCCCCUGUAGUAACAACAGACCGUGUCCGGAUGGAGGUCCAUGCUUAGAGUAUGGUGGCACGUACCUCUGCACCUGCCAAACUGGUGUUGACUUUGAUCACAAGGACUUCUACCCAUAUGUACAGCCCCGAUCAGCCUGUGAUUCCUCACCGUGUCAGAAUGGAGGGUAUUGCUAUGAGAGAGACGGAGGCUACAUUUGUGAGUGCAAGCACGGCUACAGAGGAAAGCAUUGCGAAAGAGUCAGAUUAAGUAUCUGUGCCUCUAGUCCCUGUCGUAAUGGAGGCUCUUGCAAAGAAGAUGCUGACAGCUACCGAUGUGACUGUCCCUACCAUUUCACAGGGAAACACUGUGAAGUGGGUCUGGACUGUGGCCCCCCUGUGAAAGUCAAGCACGCAGAGGUGCAGUAUUCCUCCACUACUCCAGGCUCCAUGGCUUCGUAUGUAUGCCACCCAGGCUACACUCCCCUUCCAAGGGCCACCCAGAGCAUCUGCAGCAGCCAGGGGUCCUGGAGCCAGCCUCCAGUCUGUGAAGAGAUAAACGAGUGUUUGUCUCAUCCAUGUAUGAAUGGGGGAACUUGUCGUGAUAGGGUAGCCUCCUACCUGUGUGAAUGUGAAGAUGGUUUUACCGGCCAGCGCUGUCAAACAGACAUUGAUGAAUGCCUUUCUGAGCCAUGUAAGCACAGAGGUACGUGUGGUGAUCAGCCUGGCUCUUACUUCUGUCACUGCCAGCAGGGCUAUGCAGGACAGGACUGUGAGAUAGAACAGGAUGGAUGUGAGCCAAAUCCUUGCUUGAAUGGAGGUGUAUGCCGAGGCUACAGGAGGAAUCACCUGUGUGUGUGUAAAGAAGGUUAUGUUGGAGACCGCUGCCAGACAUUGGAGAACCCGUGUGUCCUGCAGCCGUGCGGAAACCGAGGUGUCUGUUGGAGUGAUAGAAGGGGGAACUACAGCUGCGCCUGCAGGGUGGGCCACACAGGGAGAGACUGUGAGAGAGACCUGUUGCCUCCAUCUGGCCUGCAUGUGUUGCGGGUAGAAGAAAAUGAAGUUGAGUUACGAUGGGAUCAGUCAGAUGCCACUCAGAAUUUAAUCAGCGGCUUUGCAGUUGCCUUUGCUCCUAUUGGUCGUGGGCCGAGGAAGACAGACUACCUGGAAAAGCAGCAUUCUACCUAUGUACUACAGGGCCUGAACCCCGGACAGCUUUACAACAUCUCCACCUUCUCCGUCAAACGCAACACCAACAGCAAUGACAUAAGCCAGCCAGCUUUCGCUCUCAUCCGCACUAGGCCACAUAAGGUGGAACAGCUGGAGGUAGUGAAUGUGUCGUCCUCUCAGGUUUGGCUGCGGUGGCUGGUGCAUGUUGGCCGCCAUGCUGCGGUCAGUCAGGUUCGGGUGUCCCUGGUGCCUGCAGAUGGUAGUGGACCUCGCACAGCUGUGCUCAAUAGCAGCGUCACAGAGUACACCUUUAGCACAUUGCUCCCAGGUCAGAUGUACACAGUAGAUGUAGUCACGCAGAGUGGUUUGCGCCCUGAAGACCUACCAUCAACUAGCCAAUCUGCUGGGCCACUGCACUUCUGGACCAGACCGCUUCCACCACAGAACCUUUCACUCUCCCACAUCACCACCACCUCUGCUCGAGUCACAUGGGACCAUCAUCCUCGGAGUCUUCCAGAUGGUUUUGUGGCCAAUAUUACUCGAGGCCUGAGCACCCGUAGCCGCUACCUACCUGAUGGAAGUUUAGGGACUUAUACACUACGAGACCUCAAUCCAGGACAACAUUACCAUCUUGCCCUCACUGCUGUACGCAAAAUGGACCAGGACAACAUUCAGAGCGUCCCUCAACACCUAGCCUUCACCACACUACCAGUUCCAAAGGACCAAAGCAGCGGUGACAGACUUAAAGGAGGACAGGACUACCAGAUAGGACAGACCUUGACACAAGUUCAAGAUGGAGGCACAGAUGACCACACAGAACUCCUUGAAGAGCCCCAAAGAUAUACAGAGCUUAUUGACAGAAGAGGGAGAAUUACAGCUAAAUUUACCAACCUUCCACAUAAAACCAUCAGACAUCACACAAAGCCUGACGCUCCAAUCAAAUUAGAAAGGAUGGAAGAAACCACCAAUAAGAUUAGUCUAGCUCUGGAAAUUCCUGAAGAUGCGACAACGAGUAAAUCUGAGUCAUCCCAAGACUGCAGAACUCAGCCCUGCCAGAAUGGUGGAACAUGUGCGCAGAUCAACGAGUCGUUCAGCUGCAACUGUGCCGCUGGUUUCAAGGGCAGACGGUGUGAGCUAUGUUAGUAUAACCACUUCUGUUCAUUCACAAGCAUACAAACACACACUAAUGAAUCCCUAAUAAAUGCCAAACUGAAGAAUUAAAAUUGAGUUUAUUUAUUAUUAUUUUAGUU